CACAAGAGGUUCUUGUUGGCUCCUCCUCUCCCGUAGGCGUCGGGAGCGACUCUCUCCCUGACUAGCGGCUGAUAUAUGCAACAGAGGGGCCUCUCCAACAACCGCCGCUCGCGCGGCUUCUCCCGAUCCCGCCUCGCCGUCGAGGGCGCCUGAACAAACCACCCCAACAAACCGGCCUUAACCACACUCUUUCAACGCAAGCACAGUUUCUGAACUUGCAGUGAACAUUCCUCUGCUGCUUCUUUGCCUGUAAGAGAACCUUUGAAGGAAGAUGGAGACCAUCACCGUCGUCGAGAACGGGUUCGUGGAGGUGGAGCGCAAGGUGCAGAAGAGCUACUGGGAGGAGCACUCCAGGGACCUCACCGUCGAGUCCAUGAUGCUCGACUCCCGCGCAAAGGACCUCGACAAGGAGGAACGGCCCGAGGUGCUGUCCAUACUCCCGUCCUACGAGGGCAAAUCGGUGCUGGAGCUAGGUGCCGGCAUUGGCCGCUUCACGGGGGAGCUGGCCAAGGAGGCCGGCCACGUCCUGGCGCUGGACUUCAUCGACAGUGUGAUCAAGAAGAACGAGGAGAUCAAUGGGCAAAUCUACAAGAACAUCACCUUCAAGUGUGCCGACGUCACGUCGCCGGAGCUCAAGAUCGAGGACAACUCCAUCGACCUGGUCUUCUCCAACUGGCUGCUCAUGUACCUCAACGACGAGGAGGUUGAGAAGCUGAUAGGCAGAAUAGUGAAAUGGCUGAAGGUUGGUGGGCAUAUUUUCAUCAGGGAAUCGUGCUUUCACCAGUCUGGAGAUUCCAAGAGGAAAGUGAACCCAACGCACUACCGGGAGCCAAGGUUUUACACAAAGAUUUUUAAGGAAUGCCACUCCUAUGACCAAGAAGGGAAUUCGUUUGAGCUUUCUCUGGUAACUUCCAAGUGCAUUGGAGCUUAUGUCAAAAGCAAGAAAAACCAAAACCAGAUAUGUUGGCUAUGGGAGAAGGUCAAGUCCACAGAAGACAAGGGCUUUCAGAGAUUCCUGGACAAUGUGCAGUACAAAUCCACUGGGAUCUUGCGUUACGAGCGUGUGUUUGGAGAGGGUUAUGUUAGCACUGGUGGAUUCGAGACCACCAAGGAAUUUGUGGACAAGCUGGACCUGAAACCUGGCCAAAAGGUGCUUGAUGUCGGAUGUGGCAUCGGAGGAGGCGACUUCUACAUGGCUGAAACCUAUGAUGUCCAUGUUCUCGGCAUCGACCUUUCCAUCAACAUGGUUUCAUUCGCGAUUGAGCGCGCAAUCGGGCGCUCGUGCUCAGUUGAGUUUGAGGUUGCUGACUGCACCACGAAGGAAUAUGCAGAGAACACGUUCGAUGUCAUCUACAGCCGUGACACCAUCCUUCACAUUCAGGACAAACCUGCUCUGUUCAGAAACUUCUUCAAGUGGCUGAAAUCAGGCGGCAAAGUCCUGAUCAGUGACUACUGCAGAAACGCUGGGAAGCCAUCAGAGGAUUUUGCUGCAUACAUCCAGCAGAGAGGCUAUGACCUCCAUGAUGUGAAGACCUAUGGAAAGAUGCUUGAGGAUGCUGGUUUCCACGAUGUUAUUGCCGAAGACCGCACCGACCAGUUCCUGAGGGUUCUGGAAAGGGAGCUAGCUGAAACUGAGAAGACCAAAGAGGCUUUCCUGGCAGACUUCACCCAGGAGGACUAUGACGACAUUGUGAACGGCUGGAGCGCGAAGCUGAAGCGGAGCUCUGCAGGCGAGCAGAAGUGGGGGCUGUUCAUCGCGACCAAGUGAUCUGGCCGCCGACAGCGACACCAUGUCACCUGAUGAUCCGGAAGCAGAGCGGCUUCAGUUCAUCGUAAUAAAUAAGAGAAUCGGUGCUCGCCCGAUCUUUCUGAGGCCAUGCUAGUGUUGCGUGAUUGUUGUUGCAGUGGCCUGAUUAGGCGCCCGAUAUGUAAUAGAUGUGUAUUGUACUAGUAUUUGUGAAUUUGCAAUGUGAUGUGAUGUGUGGGAGGUUUUCCAUGAA